CUACUAGAACGAGGCGAUGUCAAUCUCGACACACCAAGCCUUAGCGGCGAAACACCUCUUGAAUUAGCCGCCCUCUUUGGACAUGCCGGGAUUGUGCAGUUACUCUCCGAACCUAGACCUGCUAUCCCCGGCCGCUCUCAACCUAACUCGUCUACCCCUCGCUCACCCUUGAAGCCACCUCCCCCCUAUUGCCGAUUCCUCCUCGGAAUAGUUAUUCGUUCCUUUAUCACUAUUUCUUUAAUUUUUCUCGUCUUUCUUGUUCUCAUUACUCCUUCUCUAUCAACUGGCUUAUUCCUAUCAUUUCCUAGAUGAUUGUUAUAAUAGUGUUAUUCAUGCGACUAGGGUCGGUGGAAAUUUGUGCAGGGAAUCCUUUGGUAGUUUGCAGCUUUAUUCCAUGCUUCACUCUUUUCACUCUUUUCAUCUUUUCCUUUCCUUUCCUUUCCUCUCCUUUCCUUUUCCUUUUCCUUUUCCUUUUCCUCUUUCUUUGUCGUUAAAUUUUAUUUUUAUUUCUCAUCUAUUAUAUCAAAUCUUUUACUAUACUUCUAAUUUCCCUGGUUUUGUUCACCUUUCUAGAUUACCUUCUACAAUACUGUCAUAGAAAUGUAUUAUAUCUCCCUU